AUGACAUCGAUUCCCAACGGACCCGUCAAUAUUAGCAAAUCAAACUAUGCGUCAGAUGUGAAUAAUAGUACUAUUGAGCGCGAAAUAGAAGAAUUAACACAAAUGCUAAGCUCUGAUGAGAUAUCACCGCUUAGUGCGACAGAAUCACGCGUAGCUAUGAUCCUUGGACCACAGCUUCUUGGUCCCAGUUGUUCUGCCAGAACACUUUCCCAAUCGCUGAAUCCUCUUGCGCAGCUUAGCUCCAUACUGUAUCAAAGGUUCACUCAAGGGGAGGCGCGCUAUCUUGAUUUGGCUAUUCAAUGUCAAGUACACUUGGUAUCCCUCACUCCAGAAGAGGACGUAAACCUUUCACGCCGACUUUCUAUGCUCGGAAGCUUUUAUUUAGCUCGAUUUGAAUACCACGAGAAGUUAGCCGAUAUUAGGCAAGCGGUCAAACAUGCAGAAAAAGGCGUCAUGCUUUCACGGCCUACUGAGUCUUAUUUAUCGGACCAACUUACCACCCUAGGAAUUGCAUACAUCCAACAGUAUCAGCAUUUUGGAUCCCUAGGUGAUAUUGAUAAGGCGGUUGAUGCUCUUGGAAAAGCCGUAUUGCUGACUCCCUACGAUGACCCGGCUAUGUACGAAAGACUCAUGCACCUCGGAAUCUCUCGUCAGAAUAGAUUUCGCCAUCAACAUGAGGCGGACGAUAUAAACGCAGCUAUUGAGCACCAGGUACAGGCUCUAUCACUUGUAUCCCAGCAGCACGAUGGCUUCAUAACUUGUUUGAUCAACCUUGGUGCUUCCUAUUUGUGUCGAUUUAGGCACGGAAAGGAUAACGAGGACGCUGAGCUGGCGGUUAAAUCUCAUUCAAGGGCACUUUCAAUCAUAUCUCGUAGCCAUUCCAUGUUUCCCGAUACGCUUUAUGCUCUUGGAACAUCAUAUGCGGCGCGAGCAGAAAAAACAAGAAAUUGCAAUGAUAUAAACAAAGCAAUCGAAUUUCAAGAAGAGGCGUUGACACUAGUACAAACACGUGGCGCUACUCCUAGUACACUCUCCACAUAUCUUGAAGGCUUAGGAACAUCAUACAGUAUCCGCUUUGAACACCUAGAGGAAAUGACUGAUAUUGACAAGGCCAUCCAAUCCUAUUCUCGAUCGGUCUCUCAUACCCACAAUGAAUGCCCUGAACUAGCAAGAAGGCUCAAUGACUUGGGGAAAGCGUACUUGGCUAGGUUUGAACGCCUUCAUGAGGUAUUUGACAUCGAGAAAGCAGUGGAACAUUGUCUCAAGUCUGUGGCGACUACCCCUCAAACUUAUGCGGAGAAGCCUGGUAGACUUGGGAACCUUGGAAACGCAUAUAUAGCGCGGUUCAAGUGGUUUGGUGAGAAAGACGAUUUAGACAACGCUAUCGGAAGCAAUACUCAAGCAUUAGCUCUCCUACCCAAAGAGGGCGCCGAGUCUGCAUAUCAUCUGAGUAGUUUGGGCAAUUCUUAUACACAUUCAUUUGAACAAAGCGGGAGUCUAGAAGAUAUCAAUCAAGCGAUCAUGUUUCAAACUCAGGCACUAGAAGUCAUCCCCGCGAAUCAUCCAGAUACACCAACUAUGCAGUUGAAUAUGAGUAAUGCUUUGGCCUAUAGAUAUAUCCAUCUGGGACGGCUUGAGGAUAUUGACAACGCUAUUGGAAGGCAAAUGCGUUCAUUAUCGUCAAUCUCACAAGACCAUCCGGCUUUUGUUACUCUUCUUCACAAUCUUGGCAGUUGUCACGAGCAUCGAUUCGAUCGCUUGGGGCAACUAUACGAUCUCAGUCUAGCAAUCGAGCUCAAAGAGAAAGCCCUUCGGCUCCUUUCUGAUAGCAAUGUGAAGAAGCCGGCAUGGCUCAGUAGUCUCGGCAAGUCUUAUCGGCGCAGAUUUGUAGAAAAUGUCAAGCUCGAUGAUCUGGACGCGGCAAUCGAAUACCAGACUACAGCAGUUCUUAAUGCCCCCAAUGGACAUCCCCAUACGGCAGAGUGGCUGACCGCACUUGGAGGCACGUAUGUUCUUCAAUUUGAACAUCUAAGUCGCUCUGAAGAUAUAGAAGAGGCCCUAAAAUAUCUUUCCCAGGCAAUUUCACAAAUACCUGAGGGCCAUACAAAUUUCCCAGGUUGUCUCAAUAACCUGGCGCAGGCCCACGCUAUCCGACACAAGUAUAAUGGUGAUUCUGAGGACAUCGAAACGGCAAUACAACACCAAACACGUGCAGCAUUGCUCAUACCACACGGACAUAAAAAUCGAGGGAACUACUUUUACAAUCUUGCUCGUAUGUAUCUAGACAAGUUUGAGCUAUUCGGUACCGAAAGCCUUCUGGCAUCUGCUCUGAAAUACUUUGAAACUUCGGCGAAAAUAUUUCCCGGAGACCCUUCACUUAGAAUUCGCGCCGCUUAUAUGCAAGCCUUUCACACACCUCCUGCUCGAAUUAACGAGCGCCUAGAAGCGUUUCAAAUCGCAAUGGAUCUUAUCCCCGAGCUUGUGUGGAUAGGAACUACAAUCCAUCAGCGGUAUGAUGGAAUAAAGAAACUCAAGGACGUGGUUCUGGAAGCGGCUACCACUGCUAUAGAGGCAAAGGAUUACGUGUUAGCGUUGCAAUGGCUCGAAGAAGGUCGCUCCGUUGUGUGGAAUCAAAUCCUCCAACUUCGUACGCCGUUGGACACUUUGGCUGAUGCCCAUCCAGACUUGGCCCGGCAAAUGCGGCACGCCGCGGACGAAAUACAUAGCUCUAGUCUUACACCGACUCCCAUACUUUCUCUUGAGUCGCACCACCUCGCAACCGCAGAUGGAGUUGCUCAAAAACACCGUCGUUCAGCAGAGAGAUACAAAAAUCUACUUGACCAAGUUCGGCUUAUUCCUGGAUUUGAAUCGUUUCUCAAACCUGUAAAGGGCUCGGAGCUAAUGGCUGUGGCCCAGAGAGGACCGUUGGCUAUCAUCAAUAUCCAUGAAUCCCGCUGCGAUACAUUGAUUUUGACGCCCGGGAGUAGCGAGAUUACGCACGUACCCCUUGUAUCGUUGUCAGUUUCAAAACUCGCGCAGUUACGCAUCGAAAUGGGGCACUUGAUAGGAAGGGGCAGGAAGCAACGGGAUAAUUCUCGUAGACCGCUAUUCGAGCCAGAAGAAGAGAUUAGUUUCCGAGAUAUACUUUCGUCCCUUUGGUUAAAUAUUGCCAAGCCAAUUGUUGAUGUUCUAGGACUCAAGCCACUUUCAUCCGUGGAUGAAUUACCGCACCUUACUUGGUGUGUAACUGGCGCUUUGUCACUCCUGCCGCUACAUGCAGCUGGCCUCUAUAAUCAGAAGGGUAGCAAAUUGUCAGAUUAUCUGAUUUCUUCGUACACACCAACACUUGGCUUUUUACUGCACGGGGACAGACCUUCCUCUCUCCCCACAUCAAGUAUCCUUACAGUAGGACAAGAGUCUACCCCAGGGCUUGGCGACCUUCCUGAAACCGUCCUGGAAUUAGCCAAAAUCAGACAAUACCUGCCUCUACACACAUAUACCGAACUAACCCGUCUUGACGCCACGAAAAACACCGUACUCGAUAUGAUGCAAACCCACGACUGGGUCCACUUUGCUUGUCAUGCGCACCAGGACAUAAACGACCCGACCGAAAGCGGCUUCUUUUUAUCGGACGGGACGCUGAGCAUCGCGUCCAUCACUGAGCGCUCGUUGAAAAAUAAAGGACUGGCGUUCUUAUCUGCGUGUCAGACUGCGACUGGUGAUAAAACGCUUACUGACGAAUCGGUGCAUCUUGCUUCGGCGAUGCUGGCGGCAGGAUAUUGGGGCGUGGUGGCUACUAUGUGGUCGAUUCAAGAUUCAGACGGGCCCAUGGUCGCUGGUAAAUUCUAUGAGAAGGUGAUAAAGGACGGUCGAAUGGACCAUACAGAGGCAGCCAAGGCACUUCAUGUUGCGGUAGGGAAUCUUCGAGCCGAGGUUGGGGAAACCCAGUUCGAGCGUUGGGUUCCGUUCGUUCAUUUCGGCGCCUAA